AGAGAGUUCUAACCGACGUAGAAAAAAGAGGCACAAGGGCCGACUAAAUAGAUCUUGUGUCGUCGUGUAUUUUAUUUUGGCACGGCAUUGAGUUUCUCCUUUUCCUUGGUGAAAAUCGGCUGACGAGUGACGUCUUGUCCAAGUUUUGAUUCUCUACUGGCGUUUUAAUAGGAACCCAUUUUAAUCGUUUCGUUCAAAGGUGGUUAAAAAGGAUUGUCUGCGCGAAAAAUUCAACACCGCAGCAAGGCGGAGUGACAUGACCUGUAGCAUCUAUUACACUAGAGACGGAGAAACGGAGAGAAAUACGUUUUUCUCUCCACAGUGAAGGCCUGUGUAGUCAGGAAACGAUCUGGAAAAAAGUUGUGAUGAGGCCUCAAAUGGCUUCCAGUGUCCAUUUGGAUGGAACUUGUAAUCUUCGGGAUUCGUUGGAAAAGCUGAGACUGACAGUGGCGCAGUUUGAGUAGUGAGAGGGUUCACAAGUUUUCGUUAACUCGUCGACACAUAUAUAUAUAUAAGUCCCCCAUUUGCUUAUUGUGGUGUUUGUGUAUAUACAUAUGCCCCGUAGUAGAUACUACUACUGAGACUCAACACACAUCAACGUUGUUUGUGUAGCCAUUUCGUCAUCAGUUUUCGGGAUACAUAUUCUUGGAGAUCAUACUACACAGUGUGUGUGUGUGUGUGUGUGUGUAGUUAUAUUCACUCCACUUUACCCCUCCUCCUCCCCUUCCUCCAUUGUGUGUGUGUGUGUGUGAUUUCUGACAUCUCGCGACAGCGUCUCGGAUUUGUGGUGGCUCGGCCGAGAGACUUGCACACAUUUCUCAUUGGUUACGUACGUGCACGUACGGGGUGGAAAAUGUGCACUACCAGCCCUAUCGAUUGGACAGAUCUUCAUGUGGGCCAGUUGAUUCGCCAUUUAAAUAUCUAAACAACAGACACAAGUCACCCUCUGAAAAUAAAAAGCCUUUGUAAACUUGUGGCGGACGACGAAAGAGGAAGAAAAACAGUUUCAAUCUUCUCAACAUACUCGACGCCCGAGUGUGUUACCUCUUCAUUGUUCGACUUCAUUCGACAUUAACCUCCCAGAAUAUUCCCGUUCUUUCUAUUUUUCCGGUGUUGACCUCAUCUUAUCACUCAUGAUCUUGACUCUACAAUGUCUUAUAAUUUGAGCAGUCGCGAUGCCGGUGAUCGAUCACGUGAUCGUGAACUCCAGGCCAGGGCCAGGGCCCAAAUGUCAUCAAUGCUGGCCGAGCCGAAGGAAUCGUACAUGCCCGUCUUUGACGCACCCGUCCGCCUCCGGCCAUCAUCAGACGAUCGGACGCACCAGAUGAUUGUCAAGACGCUUGGCCGAUACGCUCCUUCGAUCAUAGAAGAUUCCAAGUAUUUAAUUGGAGUGUACCAGGAGCCAGCUACACCACUACCGUGUCGGGAGCACCAUGACCCACCCGACACACCGCCACCGCCGUCGAGCAGUAGCAGUAGUAGUAGCCGGCCAGAAUUCGCCACUCCUACCAAGCCGGCCCCGUCCUCGGGUCUGGGUCAGGGCCACUCUCACCAACGGCUCCCUUCAUCGGGCGGCAGUCUAAUGAAGCCUCCGUCUCAUGCUGCACCGCAUAUCGCUCCUCAAAGGAAUUCGGCUCCGCCGAGCCGAUCCAGCAGCAGUAGUAGUAAUAGUACGGGUCUACACAAGGCUCCCGGACCAGGGCCUGGUGGAGGAUAUCACAGCGGUGCAUCAUCAUCGUCGUCGUCGUCAUCAUCUUCGUCUUCGUCCUCAUCGUCAUCAUCCUCGUCCAUGUCUACCUCCUCAUCGCAGAGGCAGCGUCAGCCAACUAACAACAUGCGGCCUCAACCACCAAAGUUGAACUUCAACAAUCCUCUCCCUCCAUCCUCAACACCGGAAAGGAUUGGUCAUCCAGAUAUUCACGACAUCCUCAAAGAGAUGAAAUCGGCAGCUGUGACGCCGCUAACGGCCAUCGCUGCCACUCCGCGGAAGGAAGUGGAGCACUUUGAUUUUGGUCAUCCUCAUCCACCUCCGAAGCGGAUGCCUUCCAACAGCGGGCUGAUGGAUGAUUUAAGUAUCUCAGACAGCGACCAGGACUCUGAGUCGGAAUCCUCCAUCAAGAUCUCGGCCGCCGCCACCACCUCUACUGCCCCAGUUCUUAGCCCACUGCCUUCCAGUCCCAUGGAACCGAUGAACAGUCCGCCAAGGCCUCGUUCGCCACCUUCUGGUCUUGCUACAGCCGCUGCUAGUGAGGCUGAUGACUCAGAAGAUGAUUCUAGCUCAGAAUCGGAUGGUUCCAGCUCGGAUUCCAGCUCUGACGCUGAGCACUUGGAGCCGGAGACGAAACCUCCGCCUGCAUCUCCUCCUAAACAGCAGCAGCAACAGCAGCCGGCCAAUACUCCAAGUUGGAGUCUAAAGUCGUUUCUGCCAAUCAAUCCACCCAGCAGUAUAUUUGAGGGCGCUACUAGAGGUUCGGACGUCUCUCAAUCAGGCCUCGAUCAAAUCUCCUCGGAUCGCAGAGAUACUCUGGGCGACUCUCUUCGUCGUCCGGAUGAUGAUGACGACGAUUUCUUUGGCAGUUCAGCUGGCCUUAGAUUUGACAGUCCCAAUCCUGCGUCUGAACUGGACGAUGGCCUCUUCAAAGGGGACAAGAGCGCGGCAACAUCGUCCAUCGCUAAAGCGACUUCAGAUAGUGACUCCGAGCAGCCGGACCUCAAUUCUGCCUUGUCGAAAAUGAUCGUGCCCGAACCACUGCUGUCGGAAAUGUCCGACUCGGAGGAUCACGUCACUCCCAGGCCUAACUUGCCUUCGUCUGCUUCCAAAGCCUCCGCCAAUCGAAGAGUGAAACAGCCUCAAAAUUCUGCCAAAGUGAACUUGAAUCGGUUAUCUGAAUCGGAGAGUAGUAGCAGUGAAGAUGAGCGCCCGGUGCCGGAAGUACGGCCACGACAGCCAGUAGUGGUAGCCGCUCCGCCACCAGCACCACCACCAGCUCCAGCAGCGCCAACAGAGGCUAUUCCCAAACGGAGAGGUCCUGGCCGCCCUCCUAAGAAGCAAGUCAACUCAUCCGCACCUCCUUCUGGUAAAGAAGUUUCCAAACGGCCAGGCCGACCACCAAAGAAACAAGCGAGUAGCAUGCAGGCACCGAUAUCACGUGAAAUUCUCGACACGACAACAUCUUCGGUGAGCAGUUCGUCAUCGCCAUCCAACAGUGAAGUGGAUGUAGAGAACACGCCAUCACCUCUGAAGGCAAGGAAGCCCAGCCUUUCUGUGACGGUCACGCCACCGACAACUCCGCGCAAAACCAAUACCCACUCUCAAAGUCCAUCUAAAUUGGCCGCCGUUGUCAAGAUGCCGACUCCACCGGAAACCGUAACCAGCCGAGUCCUUUUUCCAUCUCGCAGCCGAAGCCGGAGUAGCAGCAGCUCUAGCAGCAGUCGAAGCAGCAGUUCCAGCAGCUCUAGCAGCAGUUCGAGCAGCAGCAGCAGCAGUAGCGGGCGGUCAAUACCUAGUGGAGGUGGCAAGGGCCAACCCAGAGGACCGAGAGAGGAAGAAUUGCAAAAGGAUUUCAGUCCACCCAAACUGGACAUGGACUCGAAGCCCAGCUCUGAUCGCAAGUGUGCUUUAUUUAUGAAAAUCUAUCGUCCCGGAGCUAAAGGAAGGCAGGAUCGUGCAGUCGCUCCCGAGGCAGCGACAACUCCCAGUAGUAACAGCAGCAGAGGCGUCAAAGGUAAACAGGAGCCCAAGAAAGUUGCUAGCGAGGUGGUGACAGCCAGCCCGAAAGCGGUUGCGGCACCUCCUCCACCACCACCUGCUAAAGUUGGCCCAUCCGUCCCAUACGUCAACGGCCGGCCUAGUUUGAUCUGCCAAGUACCUCUAUGCAAAUUGGCUAAUAAUGCUGUUCCUGCUCCUGCUGCUCCUAUCCCUGCGGCUCGUCCUACUACGCAGGAGAAGAAUGCGGAGCGACCUGUGGAGACCAAAACCCGAACGCCAGUGCCUAUUAAACGUGAGGCGGAAUUGUCGGCGUCGAAAUCUUCCAAACGUCGAUCAAGCAUCAGUUCAACUUCGUCCGUCUCAGUCGUGCCGCCGGUGGAAACGCCGUCACAUCGUAAGGAGAGCAAACGGAAACGGAAGAACGAGGUGGAGGAAUCAAUCGAGACCCAAACGGGCAAGGCUCAAAAGAAGAAGAGUAGGCGGAAAAUCGACGUUGAAGUAAAGGAGGAGGACGAGGCUGGCCCUCUCGCUCCGGUCGUUCCUACACCCACACACAUUCCGUCCGUUGAUGUCAAGUCUUGUCUGUCUCCUUACGAUCCGAGAAAUGCAUCACCAGCUCCUCCGCCCAUGAUGCGCAGCCAACAACAAACGCAGCCGGGAACCAGCAUUGUGUAUUUCAGUUAUUUUGAGGAACCACCAGCACAUCAAUUGGAACACGAAGAUCGUGAUCAUAAUCAUUUCUUAAGCGAAGCUAAAGCUCUCAAGCACGCGGCUGACAAGCAGCAAACGGACCGGACCCUCCAAGCAGUACAAUAUUUAGAAGCAGUGUUGUUUUUUAUCCUGACGGGCAAUGCCAUGGAGCACGACCGGAUGACGGAGAAAGCAGCUUUUACCAUGUACAAGGACACGCUCAAUCUGAUCCGCUAUAUCUCGUCCAAAUUUCGGCAUCAACCACAAGCCGGCACCCAGUCGGCCAAUAUUGACGCCAAGCUCCAAAUCUUGUCGCUUCGCUGUCAAGCGUUGCUCUACCUCAAACUAUUCAAAAUGCGGCGUCACGAGGUCAAAGAGUUUUCCAAGGUGCUGGGAGACUAUCACGCCAAGGCUACUACAGUUGCGGUGACUUCUCCCGCCAUGGGUGGAGCGUCUGGCAGUGGCAUCGCUUUGGAUAUGCACGGCCAGGCCAGUGUCGGCGGAGGUGUUAUGUACAGGACGACGGGAACACCGUCGCCACUUUCACCGACACCCUCACCGGCUGGGUCAGUUGGCUCAGUGGGGAGCCAGUCGUCGGGUUACAGUAGUGGCGAAUUAGCACCUGGUCAACCCAACGGGCAGAUUGGUCAGCAGCAGCAACAAAGACCCCAACAACUAGCCAACAGUCAACCGCUAGCCAUGUCGACGCCCAAUCACCUGAAUGCUGGCCCGUGUGUCUCGGUACCACUGGGCGUGCACAGUGUCAUGCAAAAGCAGAAUCAGUACUUUAGCUACCUGUGCACCUGCCACGAACUGUGGGAGCAGGGUGACAGUCUAGUACAAAGAGCGCAAGCUCAAGAUUUUUUUAUCCAACUGGAUCGGCAAUGCGGGCCGCUCACAUUUCACAGUUCCUUACGCGACGUUGUCCGCUACGUCCGGGCUGGUGUUCAACGACUGCGUGACGCCUACAUUCAGCCGGGUCGGUAGCCAGCCAACAAAAGUGAAAAAAACAAAAAAGAAAGAAGAAGAAAACAAGGCUCGUCGUCGAAACAGAAAAAGGUCGAUCACGCAAUCAUUUGAAUUUCCUCGAUAUCUUCGCAAGAUAUACACACACAAAGGAAAUGUAGACUUAGUUUGCCUUCUUACCGGGUAUUUAUUGUCGGAAGCAUAUUUUUUUUUUCGUUUGCAAUACCAAAAAACAACUAGAAGUGAAUGGCCAUCUCGUCGGAUGGGCACAGGGAGUUGUUUCCCUUUCUCUCUGAUCGCGUACGAAAAAACAAAAAAGAAAACAAAAUAGAAAACUUGCCAAAGUGCCUCUUAUUUUGAGACGAGAGAGAAGACGAGAGAGGGAAACAAAGUGUCUAUACAACAGCUUAAUCAAGUUAUAACAAAACACUUAUCCGAUCUCGUUCACGUGACCACCACACAGUCCUUAUCUUUCUCCUCUCUCUUUGCUAUACUCGUUGUCGGGAGACACGUAAACGAACCCAAGUGCAAAACCGUUGAAUUAAAAAAAACAAAACAAAACUCGCGGACUGAGCAGGUCGCGCGUUAUCCUCUUUUUCAUUUUAAUUUAUUUAUUUUUUUUUCUUUCUGUUUUUUUUUUUCCUGUUUUGUUCUCCUUUCUUUUGGUCACGUGACGGGCCGGUUCCCUUUCGUCUAUGCGGUAUUUUUGUUGGAAAUUUUCGUGUGUGUUUUUUUUGCGAUGGCAGAUGUAGUAGUGGAGAGGGAGAAGAUUUUUUCACGAAAAAUUAAGGUUGUGCCUUUUUCAUCGCCGCUGGAUCGAAGCACGAGUUCGAACAGAAGAGCUUAUUUGUGUGUCUUUGGCAUUCGAGAGCAACGAUCACGCGUGAAGGCCCAGUAGCGUUGAGAGAUAUCCUCUUUAAAGAAACACACACACACACGAAAUGAAAUUAAUUACCAAGUUGUGAGAUAUGAGUAAAAAGUUCAUUUUUUUUUGCCAUUUCGCCCGGUUCACAGUGAAGCGUUUAAAAAUUCUGUGGCCUCUUAGAGUAAAUAUGUAAACUUAAAAAAAAUCAUUGCAUUGGGAAGAAAAAUCAUCUGCUUGUGUCAAAAUAUCCCUGUAAAUUGCGCGUGAAACGACACGCCUUCAUCCAUUUGGUUUUUUCCCCCCCACCCAAGUCCUCCUCGACUCAAAUCUCUCUUUGUCGUCAUCUCAGUUUUGUUUUCGAUUUUAUAUCCACACGGGGCUUAUACACACACAUACAGACACAAAAAAACAACUCUCUUUAAUCCUCUGUUUCGUUAAUACGAUCCCUCCAUUAUAUCCCGGGCUUGAAAGAAAAGAAACAUACACACAAAAAACUACCCCCCCAACGUCAUAAUUUUGAACGAAGGAGAAAAAAUGAAAGCAAAAAAACAAAAAAAAAAUGAUCUUUGUUGAAUUCGCAGAUUAUACACAUACACACAUACACGAACGCAUUAUAUAUGAUACAUAUGGCGAUGAAAAAAGGGACAAACGGAAACAAGUAAUAUUUUCUACGCACCCGCCCCUAUAUAAUAUGCAUUAUAUCAUAGAAACUAAACGAAGAUAUAAGUUACCAUUGACGCGUGUGAAAUAAUAGUGGCAUUUUCUUUUUCUGUUCGUUUAUUACAUCUAUUAAAUCAAGUAACUUGGAACUGAGAGCCAAGAGGGAAAAAAAACAAAAAAAAAAUUCUGGUUGAGAUUCAAUGAAUGAAUAAGAGAGUACAAUGCUUUCAUGUGUGUGUGCAUUGUGGUGGUGGCCUUUGGCCCCCGCCCGCUAUAUAUUCUCCUGCCUACUUUGAAGUACCCUCUUCCCUGAAUUUUUGCCCCCCGCCCCUUUAUACUUCUGUGUACUCAUUAUACGAUUGGACACUAAUAGAAACAUGUGCUCGUUA